UACAUUUUCAAAAGUCCCUUGCCUCUCUCAACUCAAAAACAUUCACCGCAGCCACCCGAAGCCCCAGCCGCCUCGCAAUGGAGUCACUCCGGUUGAUGCCACCAAACUAUCCUCUCCUCCGCCCGGACCUUUCUGGAAAGGCCCAUCCGCCAUUCUCUACCGGCUACUACCUCUCCACCGCCAAAAAAGUGCAGUACAUAAAGGCCACCCUGUCCAAACCAACGGCGGAGAUCUCACCUGCCGUUACUUCUCGCGAAAAUACGUUACUAUCGCCGCAUCCUCCGUCAUCCACGAAGAAAGUGUCCUCGAAUUCUUUGCAGUAUCCGUCCGGUUACCUCGGUGCAGUACCGGAGCAUAGGGUUAACGACGACGGUGACAACGUUACUAAUGCCAUGAGUUAUUUGACCAAUAUACUCGCAUCCAAGGUAUAUGACGUCGCAAUCGAAUCACCGUUAGAUUUCGCGCCAAAGUUGUCUGAGCGAAUUGGCGUUAAGCUUUGGCUAAAGAGAGAAGAUUUACAGCCUGUUUUCUCGUUCAAGAUCCGUGGAGCAUAUAACAUGAUGGCAAAACUUCCAAGGGAUCAAUUGAAAAGUGGCGUUAUCUGCUCAUCCGCUGGAAAUCAUGCUCAAGGAGUUGCAUUUUCUGCCAAGACACUAGGCUGCGAUGCUGUGAUUGUUAUGCCCGUGACCACGCCAGAAAUUAAGUGGCAAUCUGUUGAGAGGUUGGGAGCAAAAGUUAUUCUUGUGGGGGAUUCCUAUGAUGAGGCACAGGCUUACGCUAAAAAACUGGCCAAAGAGGAGGGCCGUACAUUCAUACCUCCUUUUGAUCAUCCAGAUGUAAUCAUGGGGCAGGGAACAGUUGGGAUGGAAAUUAUACGUCAAAUGCAAGAGCCAUUGCAUGCAAUCUUUGUGCCUGUUGGGGGUGGUGGGCUAAUUGCUGGUAUUGCUGCUUAUAUAAAGAGGGUGUCUCCGCAGGUUAAAAUUAUUGGAGUGGAGCCUUCUGAUGCAAAUGCAAUGGCAUUGUCACUACAUCAUGGUGAAAGGGUUAUGUUGGACCAAGUUGGGGGUUUUGCAGAUGGUGUGGCUGUUAAAGAGGUUGGUGAAGAAACCUUCCGUUUAUGUAAGGAAUUGGUAGAUGGUGUGGUACUUGUCAGUCGUGAUGCUAUCUGUGCAUCGAUAAAGGACAUGUUUGAGGAGAAAAGAAGCAUUUUGGAACCUGCAGGUGCACUUGCCCUUGCUGGAGCUGAAGCAUACUGCAAAUAUUAUGGUCUCAGCGGAGAAAAUGUUGUAGCUAUAACCAGUGGGGCAAACAUGAACUUUGAUAAAUUGAGGGUGGUGACUGAACUUGCUAAUGUUGGUAGGCAACAAGAGGCUGUCCUUGCAACUAUCAUGCCAGAGGAGCGUGGGAGUUUCAAACAAUUUUGUGAACUUGUGGGCCCUAUGAAUAUCACUGAGUUCAAAUACCGAUAUACUUCUGAUAAAGCAGCUGUAGUUUUAUACAGUGUUGGUGUUCACACGGUUGCUGAACUUGAAGCAAUGCGGGAGCGAAUGGAAUCUUCUCAACUUAAAACUGACAAUCUCACAUCAAGUGACUUGGUUAAAGAUCACUUGCGUUAUUUGAUGGGUGGCAGAUUAAAUGUUGCAGACGAGGUCCUUUGUCGUUUUGAUUUCCCAGAGAGACCUGGUGCUUUGAUGAAGUUCUUGGACGCUUUUAGUCCGCAAUGGAAUAUUAGCUUGUUCCAUUACCGAAGUCAGGGUGAAACUGGUGCCAAUGUAUUGGUAGGAAUCCAGGUUUUGGAGAAUGACAUGGAAGAGUUCCAGAAUCGUGCCAACAGUCUGGGGUAUGACUAUGUAGUUGUAACUAAUGACGACCACUUCCAACUUUUGAUGCAUUGACAGGCUGCUCAGCCACUAUAGAUCCUUCAGAUUAUAUGGGCAGACUCCUUAACUAGAAGAGAAAAGAGAGACGCAAAGGACCUCCGGAUCACCUUACUCUAUUGAGAAGUGAGUUACGCCUUUAAAUGUCUUUUUCCUCGUAUCUAUGUAUUAUAAUUAUGUCCCAAAUGAGAACCGAUCCAGUUGUAUUUGGUUGUCGGUGAGUUCCUAUUUAAAUCCUUGUGAAAUGAUAUGGCUUCGUGAUUGGAUAUACCUUUUAUUAAGCAGGGAGGUUUCUAAUAAAUUUAAAGGAGAUUUUGUUUUUAAA